UUUAUUUCAUUACAACUUUAUCAUUUGAUAAAGAUACACAACUACAUACGUUUCCCUCAUGAUCAUCACAACUGUCAUAAUUUAAUAAUAAUAAUAAUUAGUGGGUGGAUAAUUGGGCGAAUUUGUGGUGGAAUAAUUCAUUUGUAAAAAUGUCAGAAAGAUCCGCUAUGUUGCAGCAAAGAAGGAUUGACACAGCAGAAAUAAGAUUCAACUCCUGUACAUUUACCUUCACAGACUUGGCGACCAGUUCCGCCCCAAGCGGCAGUGAUAGAAACGUCUCAAAAGUAGAUAAGAAACCCUCCACCUUUACAAAAAUUGUGAACAAAGGCCGUGACCGCCUUGAGGUUUUGACCCGACAUAUGGAUCAUAUCGCGGAAGGGCGAGUUCCAGAAAAACGCCUUCAGUCCUGCAUUUUUCCUCCCGAACGAAAACUGGACAUCAAAAAUUACAUUGCUCAACUUCCUUCAAAGCCAAAACUCGUUUUCGUAUCCUGCAAUUUUGUGCAUCGCCAGCCCACCCUUUGUGAGAUAAUUUAUGGUUGGAUAGUCAAGAACAUUUGUGGCGGUGGGAGUUUCGAACUCAACCAUUAUUGUGAUGACACAUACGUAAUUGAAGUCGAGGAUAAAACCUACUUACUUCACGACCUCUCCAGCAUUGUGGCAAAUAUCAUGGCCAAAAUACAAGGAUCACUGGACGUCUGAAUUAGAAUCAAUUUGCUCAUUUUAUAUACAUAAAUAUGUUUCCUUUAUACAUUAUAGUUAAAUCAAAAGUAGUGUUUUUAAGCCUGUCUUCUGUCACUUUAUACAACGAAUGUUUGUUUUUUGCUAGCGUUAUGUGACAUAUCAAUAUACAGAUUAGAUACAUUAGUCAUGUGGAAGUCAA